AAUUUUAGAUAAAUUAGAUAACGUUAUGAUCGGAUGUCUUAAAAUCUUAAAUAAGCGUUAUUUUGUGAAUAUGUAGACUUUACUAGUGAAAUUAUAUCAUAAUGUUCUUCAAGAUGGGUUGAUUCUUUUAUAGGGAAAUAUUACAUAUUCACUGUACGCUUGCAAAAUGUAUAUUUAUGUUGAUUUGAUUGUUCUAAGUGUCGGAUUCUUUACAGGUGCAGCUGCCUUAGAUUGCUUCAGUUCAACAAAAGACAUAUGCAGUGCCGAGAUUCCAGGUAUUCCGAAUUUAUCAUCAAGAGAUCCAACGUUUGUGAUGACAACGGAAACGUCACAUUGGACAUUUUGUGACGUAUAUUCAAUUAAUAUAUCCCAAUGGUACAGAAGUAAAACACUGAUGAGCACAAGUUGUCCGAGCAUGUACAUGUGUGGAACAAAGUUUCCUAUCUGGAUGAACGGUCAGAACCCAGAACCGACUGAAGGUGUGGUAAAUCGUACUUCCUGUCUCAAAGACUUUGAUAGUUGUUGUCUGAACAGCUACAGGUUAACAGCUGUCAAUUGUAAGGAGUACAUGGCUUAUUGUUUCGUUGAUCUUCCAUCAAGUUGUCAUCAAAGAUAUUGUUUUGAUUAUAGUUCAGCAUCUACAACUGCGGCUCAACAGACAGCCACAAAUGCUACCAGCACCACAAUGGAACUAGAAAGUACUACAGAAAUUCAAACAAGUUAUCCAACCACGACAGUCAAAUAUGAAGGUACUAAACUUAGUUCUGCAAGUGUCAAGUACACGUCAACUAAAGGGGAUUCAUCUGUCAUGACAUAUCCAAGUACCACAACUAAACAGGAAAAAACUUCAGGCAUUGUUACAGAGUUUAUUGACACAUCAACCAAUGGCGAAAAAUCAAAAACAUCAACACACGAACAUUAUAGUUCAGAAUCUACCACUGCGCCUCAACAGACAGCCACAAAAUCUACUAUCACCACAACUGUACUGGAAAGUACUACAGAAAUUCAAACGAAAUAUCCAACCACGACAGUCAAACAUGAAGGUCCUACACUUAGUUCUACUAGUGUCAAGUUCACGUCAACUAGCGAAGAUACAUCUUUCAUGACAUAUCCAAGUACCACAACUUCACCGGAAAAAACUUCAGGAAGUGAUACGAAAUUUAUUGACACGUCAACAAAUGGCGAUAAAUCAAACACAACAACACAAGAGACGCCUGCUGACGAUCACGAUCUGCUUAUUAUUACAAUAUCAAUAAUUGGCCUUAUGGUAGCAGUUAUCUGUGGUUUGCUGAUUGUCAUCUUUUGGCGAAGACGAAUGCCAAAGGUAACUGAUGAAACAGACAAAACAAAGGUGUAUGAAACAUUAAAAUCUCCGGAUACAAAGACCAGUAAUGAGGGCGAGCAUGUAUACCGAAUCGUUAGUUUUGACAACUCGGAACCCGCAGUUCAGAUUGAAGGGAAGUUAGGAAAUUAUUACAGUAACUUUCAAAGCUGCAAGAGCUACUGUGCCAAUGUUGAUUACCAAUUCGCCAACACGGAGAGAGUACAUUAUGAUGAAGAUGAACACUAUGUUACACUGCCAUAAGUACAGAAAGAGUUAUUUCAAUUGCAUUUUAAACACUGUACCGGUUUAAUAAUACUAAUUUAACAGUAUGUGCGAAUGUCAAAGCCUCGACAAGGCAAUCAUAAAUUGUAUAAUUAAGUUAGUAUACGCCAACAUAAUAACAGGUUAUUUUUUACAUCAAUUUCAUAUUCUACAGCUUAAGGGCAUUUCCAAAUGACUUCCUUCAAAUGAUCAACGAAUAGAUGCUUUCUUUUUGUUAAGAUGAAAUUGGUCGAUAUGAGGAAAAUAUAAUUAUAUAUAACACUGUCGUGUGCGGAAUGUUUGUACGUGUGAUUAACAUUAAAAUUAAAAAUAAGUGUCCGUAUUCGAAAGUUUUAUAAAAAUGUGCAUAACUGAUCAAGUAUUUUCGAGUUUUUAACCAUUUAUUCUUUUUAGACAUCUGAAAAUUUAACAUUUGAAUAAAAAUGAAAUCUACACAUUUGUCAAAAUCUUUUAAGUAAACAGUAAAAUAUAACAUUUGAAAAAAUGAAAUCUUCUCAUUAGUCAAAAUCUUUUAAGUGAACAGUAAAAUAUGUUUUUCAUAAUUACUUUGUAAUCAUAAUUCACUGUAACCAACUAUUACUAGAUGCAGAUUAAAAGAAGAAAUAAUAACAAAAUGGAAAUUCUAACGCUCGGUUUCUGUUUACGCCAUAUUUAUAACACACAAUGAACAUGUUCACUCCAAUAGUGACUCAACAGAAAAAGAGUAUACAAAUAAAUAAGAUGUUAUUUUAGAAAAGGUGCGGCUUCUUUUUAUUUCAGAUACUAUUUAUUCAAAUGUUGUUUUUUACAUUAAAAUAAUUGUUUGUGUUCAGUUGACAUUUUUAAAGUGAAUAAUACUUUUGCCUUUAGAAUUAAAAAUGUGGUUUGAUUUUUUAAAAAUAAAUAUAUUUUGAAAAUGA